GUAUUCCGUGCGGUUGGCUAAAAAUGUAGCCUCCGUUGCAGACUUUGUUUGCGUUUCUUAAGUGCAACAUCCAUCCCUUUAUUAAAAUAAACAUACUUUUUCUUCACACCCUAUUUUACUUAUUAUGGCAUCUCAACUGUCAUCCACGCGGGUGGCGACGCAGUCAGUAUUAACGUGUCCGCUGAUAAGAGGCUUAGAUGGAACCUUUUCAAGUGCUCCAGGGCUCAUGCGAGUUAUAGGCAUCCCUAAAAUGAAGAAUUGCUAAACUCACAACGAUAGGAACUUAAUUAUACAAGGGUGUUUUCCCAUUCUUUAAAGAUUUGCCAUAUAUUCACAAAUACUGGUUAAUUCAAUUAAGAACUGAUAAUGCCUAUUCCUGUCAAGGUCAUUUAGAUCGCAUAAUCGAUCACACGGUUAGAAAAUCUUCGAAUGGUUGUCGUGUUCUUCUCUCAGAUGUGGUUACACAGAGUAUUUUUGUUGCCGUCAUACUAGUUGAUAGUAUCCGUACUAACCGUUGGUAAGCAUUACGGCGGUAUGCGACUUGAAAAUGAGUGAUAGAAAAAAUUUCCAACCUAGCCUUAUUCUCCAUUGUUAUUGUCUCUCGAGCAUACACUGUCAUUGCGAUAAAACACGUAAAACGUGUAUUGUUUCUUUAGAUCCCCUCAAUGGAUUAUGUUUUCCGGCAAGGGUGAGAUUAUUGGUGGAUACACCUGAAAAGAAAAACUACACAUGCUUGCGUUCCUUCACACCUGUCUUGACCAAAUAUUUGUUUAAAGGAGGAAGUGCUUCCUGCAAAUAUGUAUGA